AUGCCAAACUCCAGAAACAAAGUAGAAGAUUCUAGUGUUAAAGGAAAAGCAGUGAGACCAAAGCGUAAGAAGUUCUUCCCCCUCGUGGCUGGAAACACAAAGAACAGCCAUGAGAGGAUUCUGGGUAAACUGGAGAGCAGAGGAGCGGAGCGAGUGGACCGAGGCCGAUGUCAGGUCCUGCUGCUCUUCUGUCCAAUCGUCUCUCGCUUUGAGGCGGACAUCGCAUCCGCUUUGAAUCGAGUAAAAGCAGACGAGAGCCCUAAAGUCAUCCUGGUGGCGAUGCAUCACACGUUCAGCCCCGACCACGUGGUGCCGCCCAAAACCCAGCACCGACACGAGGGAGUGGACGUCCCGCUGGUGCACUGUCUGUUCCACGAGACCAUGGGGCUCCUGAGGUGUCCACGCAACAAGAACGCAGUCACCACGCUCCGCCAGCAGAUGGGGCUAAAAGAACACUGCAACCCCUUCUUUUCAGAGGACGAGAUGGUGGUGGUUGGUCAUCUUUGCCGUAUGCAGGCGGCCGCUCACAUGACAGAGAUCGAUACGAGGAGGAGAACUGGCAUCUGUUUACCCGCCGGAGCCUCUUUAUGGGCUAAUAACGUCCUCACCUCCUUCAUCAGCUGA